UUAAGUAACUUUAACAUGGCAGCCUCCAUAGCACGGGCGACAGUUAGGGCGGUCAGCAGACGGAAAAUACUGCCCACAAGAGCAGCUUUAACGCUCACCCCUUCAGCUGUGAAUAAAGUCAAACAGCUUUUACAAGAUAAGACAGAAUAUAUUGGCCUUAAGGUCGGCGUUCGAACCAGAGGUUGCAAUGGCCUCACCUAUACUCUUGACUACACCAAGGAGAAAGACAAAUCAGAUGAGGAGGUGUUGCAAGAUGGCGUGAGGGUGUUCAUUGAGAAGAAGGCACAGCUGACAUUGCUGGGCACAGAGAUGGAUUUCGUUGAAACAAAAAUUUCCAGCGAGUUUGUAUUCAACAAUCCCAACAUCAAAGGAACAUGUGGGUGUGGCGAAAGCUUCAACAUGUGAACCUUGCUGCACGUUCCACUGAACUUAAAGCUCUACCCCUGCAAAACAUCCACUCCAAGUCCAUAAUUCAGAGGUGUGAGUAAAGAUCAGAGACACAGGAGACCGAGAAAGAGGAAUGUUUGGGCAUCACCUCCUGCACUGCUACCAGCCACCAAAACACACACCGAUGUACACUUUCUGUGGAACACAAUUGGAGAUAUUUUGAAGAAUCUUCGCACAAAGUUCUCAUUUUGUGUUUCACAGAAAAAUAACAGGUUUGGAAUGACAAUAGUGUGAGGAAAUAACGACAGAACAAAUUUUGGGGUAAACUACUAUUUCCUUCAAGACAAUUUUGUGUUUGAUAUUGUCUAUUGAACAUGUGCCUGUACAGCCAUCUCAUGCGGAUCUCAGAGGAGAUAUUAUAACAGCACUCCAUGUUUGUGGUUUUUGAAGGAGUUUAAUGAAUUAAUUUAAUAAAUAAAUGUAAUAAGUAAUCUGUCAUCCAGUUGAGCUGACACGCAUUCAUAUUUUGCUAACCUGGUUAAUGAGAUCUAAUGAUGAGGCUGAACCUGCUGAUGUCACAUGUCUCAUCCUUAAAAUGAUAGGGCCUCGAUGUACAACAAAGGAGCUUUGCAGUUGCUUCCUUUUAGUUAAUUGUGGACCAGCAGUAUUUUUUAUUUAUUUUUCUGUCCACGAAUAACUGUCAAACCAUUUAAAUAUUACCUGUCUGGUCAGUAAAUACUUAACAAAUUAAAACAGUGGUUUAUAACUAUAUAUGUUGUAGCAUGUACCAUGUUACAUGGUAGUGGAAAAGUAUGCAGCACAGGAAGAGAUACCAUUUAGAGAAUUUUCAAAUGCAAUUGUUUGACUUAGUCAAACUUGUUACAUUGAGAUGUAAGUAUAAUUAAUGUGUACAUAAGAAUGUAAAUCCCUUCGACUGUCUUUUAACGCACAAAUAAACUCCUGCUA